AUGCCAGCUGUCAAGGAGUCCGUCCUCCUUGCGCAGCAGCCCUCUUCAGGCGAAACCAUGGCCAAGGGCAUCGACCUGGCCACGGUCAAGGCGCUGGACAUCAUCGACAUCCAAAAUGCGCGUGUCGAAAUCAACCUCAAGGACGAGAUCCUCUCACAGAUGAACCCCGAGCAGGGCCCUCGCACGCUGCCCACGCUGCUCCUAUACGACGAGAAGGGGCUGCAGCUGUUUGAAGAUAUCACAUAUCUGGACGAGUAUUACUUGACCAACUACGAGAUCGAGCUGUUGAAGAAGUCGUCGGCGGAAAUUGCCAGCAAGAUUCCUGAAGGGGCAAUGGUGGUGGAGUUGGGCAGCGGAAACCUGCGCAAAGUCUGCCUUUUACUGCAGGCGUUUGAAGAUGCUCACAAGAGAAUCGACUACUUUGCGCUCGACCUGUCUCAGACCGAGCUGGAGCGCACGCUGGCAGAAGUGCCCGCGUUCCAGUACGUGACUUGCCGCGGCUUGCUCGGUACCUACGACGAUGGCCGCGAAUGGCUCAAGCAGGAGUCACUUUCGGACCGACCAAAGUGCAUUGUGCAUCUUGGCUCAAGUCUUGGCAACUUCAACCGCGAAGAGGCGGCUGAUUUUCUCAAGUCUUUUGCAGAGGGGCUGCAGCCCACAGAUGCCCUGAUUAUCGGCGUCGACUCAUGUCAGAAUCCUGACAAAGUUUAUCGCGCAUACAACGACUGUUCAGACAGCAAAGGAAUCACACAUGAAUUCGUCCUCAAUGGCCUCGCUCACGCCAACGAGAUUCUCGGCGAUGAGGUUUUCAACGUCGAAGACUGGCACGUCACCGGCGAGUAUGUCUAUGACAUCGACGGUGGCCGCCAUCAGGCGUUUGUCUCGCCCCUUGAGGUCUCCUCAGUUCUUGGUCACAUCAUCAAGCCGCAUGAGCGCAUCAAGAUUGAGCAGAGCUUCAAGUACUCAGAAGUGGGUAUCGAGAAGCUGUGGAAGACGGCUGGCCUCAAUGAGGUUGCCAAAUGGAGCCACAAUGGUGAAUAUGGGCUGCACAUGCUGAAAAAAGCGAAAUUGCCCUUCUCCAGACUCCCUGAGUUGUAUGCCAAGGAGGCUCUGCCCACUUGGUCUGAUUGGGAGAGUCUCUGGGAGCUGUGGGACACCGUCACCAGAAAGAUGCUUCCCGAUGAAGAGCUCAACGAGAAGCCAAUCAAGCUGCGCAAUGCAUGCAUUUUCUACCUCGGCCACAUUCCCACCUUCCUCGAUAUCCAGCUGAAGAAGACGACAGGCGCUGGUGGAACAGAGCCCGUCUAUUUCCACUCCAUCUUUGAGCGAGGCAUUGAUCCCGAUGUUGAUAACCCGGAUCACUGCCACAACCACUCUGAAAUCCCAGACGAGUGGCCUGCUUUGGAGGAAAUCCUGAAAUACCAAGACGCUGUUCGCGAGAGACUUCGCGGACUCUACGCCAAGAAAGAUGAGCUGGACAAGGACGUCCGCCGAGCCAUCUGGGUCGGAUUCGAGCACGAGGUGCUUCAUGUCGAAACUCUGCUUUACAUGAUGCUUCAGAGUGACAAGGCCCUGCCACCACCACACACGGUGAUUCCCGAUUUCCCAAAGAUUGCCCAAAAGGCAUACGCCGCGCGCGUGGAAAACCAAUGGUUUGAUAUCCCAGAGCAGGUCAUCACCAUUGGAAUGGACGAUCCCGAGGACGAGCUCGACCGUGACCGCCAUCUUGGCUGUUUUGAUAGGGAUAACGAGAAGCCUGCGAGACAGCAAAAAGUCCACUCUUUCCAGGCAAAAGGAAGAGCCAUCACCAACGAAGAGUACGCCAAGUAUCUCUAUUCAUCUCACAUCAAAGACCUUCCCGCAUCUUGGUCCAUCAUUCCUCCCAACUACCACCACAACACCAACGCCACCACAGUCGGAAAGCCCAUUCUCAGCGAGCUUCCCGAGAGCUUUAUGCAAGACAAGGCUGUGCGCACAGUCUAUGGACUGGUGCCUCUGAGAUAUGCUCUCGACUGGCCCGUGUUUGCCUCGUAUGACGAGCUUGCUGGGUGUGCUUCUUGGAUGGGUGGCAGAAUUCCUACCAUGGAAGAGGCCGAAAGCAUUUACGCAUACGCAGAGAAGCAAAAGGACAUUGCGAAGCAGAGCAAGUUGGUGAAUAAGGUUCCAGCAGUUAAUGGACACCUUGUCAAUGACGGUGUUGAAGAAACACCUCCAUCGACCACUUCCCCCUCCUCUCUCUUCGUCGAUCUCAGCAACUCCAAUACCGGUUUCGUCCACUGGCACCCUAUCCCAGUAACUCCCAAUGGCGGUUCUCUCGCCGGCCAAGCCGAGCUUGGCGGCGUCUGGGAAUGGACGAGCACCGUCCUGCGCCCGCAUGAGGGAUUUACUCCCAUGGGCCUGUAUCCUCUCUACACGACUGACUUCUUUGACGAGAAGCAUAACAUCGUGCUGGGCGGAUCGUGGGCGACGCACCCGCGUGUGGCCGGUAGGAAGAGUUUCAUCAACUGGUACCAGAGAAACUACUUGUAUCCCUGGGCUGGAGCCAGAUUGGUGCGAGAUAUCUAA